UCUGUGUGACGCUCCUUGUUAAACUAAAUAGCCCUUUCGUUCUAGGAUUCUGAUAUCUAUAGUUAUCUUCUCAAUACUGCACUUGCUCAAUGACACUUGCUAGCGAUUUUGGUUUUCCAACAGCUAUGUCUUCAUCUUUUACAACUCUAGAAGAGAUAUACCGCCACAACUUUCCUAACACUUUGUGGGUUUCAUCAGGACAGGAACUGAUGAAUAACAGUCCCGUCCCCUGUCAGGUGUUUCCUCUGGUCUCUGGCGGCAGUUCUGGUGGGAAUUUGUUUUCAUCUUCUUCCGGAUUCUGCAAUGGUGUCUAUGUUUCAUCUUCCUCCCAGGCACGGCCAUCUGUUUCUACCGUGCAAAGAGACAGAAUGACUGUUGCUGACGUCUCUGGUGAAGGGCAGAGGCAGGAAUGCUCUGUGGAAAUACAAUCCUUGCAAUUGAUCAAUCAACCUCAAGAACAGAAAAAUAUGACUUGGUCUUCAGACCAGCUUCAGGGCUUCUUUGAUUUCCCUGUUCCGGAUCCACAAGCAGAGAGCAGCAGAACUAUGGUCUCAUCCAAGGAAGUCCUUUUGAAAUACGAAUGGCCAGACUGGGCGGAUCAGUUGAUCUCUGAUGAUGGUCUUGAACCAAAUUGGUCGGAGCUUCUAGGUGAUCCUAAUGUCCUCAAUCAAGAUUCAAAGAUAACAACAUCGUCUUCUGAUAUAACGAGGCAAGAGAUAGUAUUUAAAAAUCAGCACCAGGUGGAUCCAUCAAUGGAGCCGUUUGAUACCAAAAAUUCACCAGCUAGUUCAAUGACAUCUAAGCAACGAAUGCGUUGGACACCAGAACUCCAUGAAGCAUUUGUUGAAGCUAUCAAUCAGCUCGGUGGUAGUGAACGAGCCACCCCUAAGGCUGUUUUGAAGCUCAUGAAUAGUCCCGGGUUGACCAUUUAUCAUGUCAAAAGCCAUUUGCAGAAAUACAGAACGGCAAGGUAUAACCCAGAGCUUUCAGAAAAUACAGAAGAACCUCAAGUGAAGAAUUUGAAAACCAUUGAAGAUAUCAAAUCUCUGGACUUGAAGACGAGCAUUGAAAUCACUGAAGCUCUACGGUUACAGAUGAAAGUUCAAAAACAACUCCACGAGCAACUUGAGAUCCAAAGAUCACUGCAGUUACAAAUCGAAGAACAAGGUCGGUAUCUUCAGACGAUGAUUGAGAAACAACAGAAGAUGCGAGAGAACAAAAAAGACUCAGAAGCUGACCCUUCAGCUCCAUCACCAAACCCUUCACAAGCUUUCCUCCCUAAAGCAACCAAUUCAGAACCAUCAAUAACUCAGAAACAGCAGAAUGGUAUUAGCACAAUGGAUCAAAGUGAAUCUGCUUCUGGGACUAGUAAUAGGAAACGGGUUAGAGAAGAUUAGACAUCUCUUGACUGAUGAAGUUGGAAGCUAUGAUAAUGAUCCAAAGAUGUUGCAACAGAUGUAAUUGUGUAUAUAAAAUAUGUUAUUUGUUCUGGAUUUUGUUGCUUUAUGUAAAACUCACAACAGCAGCAAGAAAAUGUAAAAAGAAGU